AUGAUUGGAAUAUUGUUCGCGAAACUGACCAGACCACGUGCUCGAGCGCAGACGAUUUUAUUUAGCAAAUACUCAGUGAUAAUGAUCAGGAACGCGAGAUUCUGCCUAAUGUUCCGAGUUGGUGACAUCAGAAAAUCCAGGAUAUUGAACAUCAAACCGACACUGUAUGUCCUAAAGUGGAACACAAACUUUGGGAAUUUGCAGAGCGCUGAGCAGAUUGAAUUGAAAGUGGAAAUUGCGGAGUGCGAGUCGAUUUUCUUUCUGUGGCCCGUGCACAUCGUGCAUGUGAUUGACGCGGAUAGUCCGUUUUACAGCAUGUCCGCGGCGGAUCUGCUGUGCAGCAAAAUGGAAAUACUGGCAGUAUUCGAAGGUAUUAUUGAGUCGACCGGGCAGCCUGUGCAAGCGCGAGCGAGCUUCACUGAAAGUGACAUCUUGUGGGGCCACAGCUUCGUGCCUAUGGUCUCGUAUAAAGACGACCAACUUAAAUUCAACGUCGAUUUCUCCAAAUUGUCCAAUUUAGAACAAGUGGAAACCCCGUUGUGUUCAGCGAAUGAAUAUUACUCUCUAAUUUCGUCAUUACAAGCUACA